GCCUGCCUUGCAGUUGCUUGAUCUGCAGUCUGAUCACUGGUCUUUAUACAAUACUCUUCACUCUUACUCUCCAACACUAUUCAUAUCAACCCCUUCUCCACCCCUAAGUUCCUUCCAGAGGCAUUGAGGGUCGACAUCAUGGGGGCCCUUCUGUCUCUGCCCUUGUUGGCAAUCCCGAGCGCCAGCACGCUCAUCACCCUCGCAACCUCUUGUUGCGGUGCUGCCACUUGCUCCGCAGUAUGUAGCGCUUGUGGAAAGUUUCAGAAUAGCAUGGCGACGAGAAUCGCCUACGCUUUCAUCCUCCUCUUCAACUCCAUCGUCUCCUGGAUUAUGCUCACCCCCUGGGCGCUCAAGAAACUUCAGCACAUGACUCUGGACUACAUGGAAAUUCGAUGUGAUGGCAAGGACUGUCACGGCUGGGUUGCGGUGCAUCGGAUCAACUUCGGUCUGGGUCUGUUCCAUUUGAUCCUCGCUCUCGCACUGCUGGGGGUGCAAUCCUCCAAAGACGGCCGCGCAGUCCUGCAGAAUGGUUUCUGGGGUCCGAAGAUCAUCCUGUGGUUCGCGCUCGUGGUCACGUCAUUCUUCAUUCCGGAAUCGUUCUUUUUCGUCUAUGGACAUUACAUCGCCUUCUUCUGCGCCAUGCUGUUCCUGCUGCUCGGGCUGAUCCUCCUCGUGGACUUGGCCCACUCGUGGGCUGAACUCUGCCUGCAGAAGAUCGAAGACCAGGAUUCGCGGACUUGGCGCGGGCUGCUCAUUGGCUCGACCGUGGGCAUGUACCUGGCGUCUUUGGCCAUGACGAUCUUGAUGUAUGUCUUCUUCGCCCACAGCGGGUGCUCGAUGAACCAGGCCGCGAUCACUAUCAAUCUCGUAAUCUUCCUGAUUAUCUCGGUCAUCUCGGUACAGCCCAUGGUGCAGGAGUCCAACCCCCGCGCGGGGCUGGCCCAAGCCGCGAUGGUGACGGUCUACUGCACCUACCUGACCAUGUCAGCGGUGUCCAUGGAGCCGGAUGACAGGCACUGCAACCCCUUGAUUCGUGCGCGGGGCACGCGAACGGCCAGCAUUGUGUUGGGAGCGAUUGUCACGAUGGCCACGAUCGCGUACACGACCACCCGGGCGGCCACCCAGGGCAUCGCGCUGGGCUCCAAGGGCGGCCACAGCUACUCGCAGCUGCAGUCAGAUGACAACGAGCAUGGUCUCGUGACCCAACAGCCCAGCAGCCGACGUGAGAUGCGGGCCGAGGUGCUCCGUGCGGCGGUGGCCAGUGGGAGCUUGCCCGCCAGUGCCCUCGACGAGAGCGACGACGAGGACGAGUACGACACCAAGGAUGAUGAGAAAGGCUCCACCCAGUACAACUACUCGUUGUUCCACAUUAUCUUCUUCCUCGCGACCACCUGGGUGGCCACGUUGCUCACGCAGAACCUGGACCCGGAGGCGGCGGACGACUUUGCGCCGGUGGGCCGGACCUACUGGGCCAGUUGGGUGAAGAUCAUCAGCGCCUGGGUGUGUUACGCGAUUUACCUCUGGACCCUGAUUGCCCCGGUGGUUCUUCCCGACCGCUUCGAUACCUACUAGGGGGGAGUAGUCUAGCCCCUCAAGCCGUAUCUUCUUUUGGGUGUUGCUUAGCGAUUCGUCGUUCGUUUGCCGGUGUAUAUAGCUUGACACGAUUAUAUGAGUUACUAUGGG